AUGUUCACAUGGCUUAACGGCGAAGGGGCUGCCUAUAAAGAGCACGUUCCGGGGCAAACCAACUACAUUACUGAUGUGAAGGCGCGCAAGAAGGAUCCGGGGGCUCGUUCGACAAAUCGACCUUUUCCCUUGAACCCCGCUUUUGUCAGUGAGCCCGUUCUGAGCGAGGAGCUGCGAAACGAGAUCUACGAGAGGGUUGUGGUGAAGAAGAAGAGCGUUCGGCUUGUCAGUCACGAUAUGGGUGUUGAUAUGCGGAGAGUCGCUGCUGUCUGUCGAUUAGUCGCGCUGGAGAGGCGAACACGCGAAGAGGGGAAACCACUGGCCCUGCCGUAUGCUCGCUCAAUCCAUGAGAUGGUUCCGACGACUCCGCUGUAUGACGACCCACGUGCGCAGCGUGAGAUGCCUCACGAAUCUAUCAACGACCUUCCCGCCCACCGCCUCACCGAUGCUCAAAUAUUCUACCCUGUCUCUGAAUCUCGGCACUUCACCCGUGUUGAUGCUGGUCGCGUUUUCUCCGCAGCCCCAGCUCGUAACCACGACAUAGUUGCGCAGGAACUCGCAGAUCCCUCCAAGGCCAUGACCCGCAUCACCCGGAACCCUUCUCAAAUUGAAACUGUCGGCAAGGGCGACAACGAGCAGGCCGUCCUUCAGCCCGCCGACGUUCGCAUCCCUCACCCCGCCCUCAUCGAUCUCGAGCGCGAUCGCAUCGCCAGGCCGAAUGAGAUGAACGCUGUCAUUAAAGGCCAUAUGGCGCGCCUUGAGGAGGAAGAGGCCGCCGAAGGGGAGCGUAAGCGUCGCGCUGAGGAGCGUCGCGAGAGCCGGAUACAGCACGUCACGCCAGAGGAGUCUCGCUUCGAGUUCCGCUUCAAGGAUGUCGUUGUCAGCAGGGAGACUACCGGUGUUGACGGCCGUGGUGCUAAGGCUCCUGGCCGGAGGUACGGUGUGCCCAGCGAUGACCGGAAGAAGGGUCAAGUCAAGAUCCCUACCCGGGUGGAGGUCUGA